CUCAUUCAACAGGCAAUUUGUGCGCACUUACACCUCCGGAUCGGACGCGUUUGGACGAGAAAUUAUACGUCAUGUUUAGAAAUGGAUCUGGUCCGAUUGCGCACUGUGGUGCCUAAACGUCUCCUGUCCGUCUUUGUUGCGCGCCUGUCUCAGUAGCUCCAUCAUCUGCUUUAUUUGUGGGAGGUGAAGGAAAAAAAGGAUGGCAGCCUCCCAUAAUGGAUCGAAUAUUACCUCAAACUAUACGAACCAGUUUGUGCAGCCGCCAUGGCGAGUUGCACUCUGGUCCGUCGCUUACAGCUCGGUGCUGGCCGUAGCCGUGUUCGGCAACCUCAUCGUAAUUUGGAUCAUUUUGGCUCACAAGCGCAUGAGGACGGUGACUAACUACUUUCUGCUUAACUUGGCUUUCUCCGACGCUUCGAUGGCUGCCUUCAACACUUUGAUCAACUUCAUCUACGCGACUCACGGAGAGUGGUACUUUGGGGAGGCUUACUGCAAAUUCCAUAACUUCUUCCCGGUCACGUCCGUGUUCGCCAGCAUUUAUUCCAUGACUGCAAUUGCCGUGGACAGGUAUAUGGCCAUCAUCCACCCACUGAAACCUCGUCUGUCAGCCAAAGCCACUAUGGGGGUGAUUGCCUGCAUCUGGAGUCUGGCCGUGUUUCUAGCCUUUCCCCUCUGCUACUUCUCCACAAUUCGGGUUAUGCCUCGCAGGACCUUAUGCUAUGUGGCAUGGCCGCGCAUGGAAGACGACCCCGUCAUGUACCACAUCAUUGUGACCGUGCUGGUCUAUGUGCUGCCAUUGGUGGUAAUGGGCAUCACAUACUCCAUCGUGGGAGUCACUCUGUGGGGAGGGGAGAUCCCUGGAGAUUCGUCUGACAAUUAUCAUGGACAACUUCGAGCUAAAAGGAAGGUGGUGAAGAUGAUGAUCAUUGUCCUGGUGACCUUUGCCCUUUGCUGGCUGCCCUACCAUAUCUACUUUAUUGUGAUUGGACUUAAAAAGCAACUGAGCAGGUGGAAGUCUAUUCAGCAAGUUUACCUGUCAGUGCUGUGGUUGGCCAUGAGCUCCACCAUGUACAAUCCCAUUAUCUACUGUUGCUUGAACAGCAGGUUUCGAGCUGGCUUCAAGAGAGCUUUUCGCUGGUGCCCUUUCAUCAAGGUGUCUAGCUACGACGAACUGGAACUUCGCUCGACCAGGCAACACCCAACCCGUCAAAGCAGCAUGUACACGCUCUCAAGAAUGGACACCACCAUGGUUGUGGUUUAUGACCAAGCUGAUGGUGAUGGCAACAGCUCUGGAAGGAAGUGGUCCCUUUCCUCCAGGAAGAGAAGCUACAUCACUUCUCGCCACACACUGUCCUCUAGCAGCACUGGAAGCAUAAAAACUCAAAACGGCAACAUCCCCAUUGCUCAAGCUGAGCAAUUCUCUUGACUGUUUUUUUUUCCUGUCACGCAUCACAAUGACAAAGAAACAGCAUGUGCCAUUUCCUCCAUUUACAUUACACUUAUGUGCAAUCAAGAGUCUGUGUGUUCUAUUAUAAUGAUCGUCACAAUUCUUAGCUAAAAUAAGAGUGCACUUAAUGUUAAACAAUAUUUCCCUCUUAUCAGAUCAAGUGUCUCUUGCAACGGUGAAUUCCCGCUCAGCUAAAACAAACGAUAUCAAUAAUUAACAUCUAAAUGUUAAUUGUGCCGUUAUUUUGGGAACGUCUCAGCCCCGUGGUUCCAGUUAUCUGCUUGAAUUUACACAAUUAAAACACUGCAUGCUUGACUGAAAUUCUAUUCUUAGCAGAGUGAAUCAGACAAUACGUCGUGGGGGUUGUAAAUAUGUAAGUACGUCAAAGUUUUAUUUUCCGAGCAAUAUUAACUGUGAAUUUCAUUUGCCGUGUAGCGCUAUAAUGUGUUUCUCAUAAGAAAUGAAUGUCAAGUUAUUACAGUCUGCUACAUUUUGUGAAUAGUACUCUUUACAUUACAUACAGUAUAAAAGUAAGAAUAUGAGAACCUGAAUGGGCACUCUAGGAAAAGACGUUGCAGUUUGGACACUUUAAUGCAUGUUCAAACCUUUUCAAUGAAAGUGUACAGUUAAAUAAAAAAGAAAAAUGAGCCAUAGAUUUUGACAGGUGUUGGGCUCAGUAAAUCGAAAGGAAAGCAUCUUUGUUCUAUAGAUAUUUUUUUCUCCUGCUGUAAAUAAAUUAAUGUUAAAAUGUUAAAACAAGAAAGGAAAAUCAACAUUUUAAUGAAAAAAAGUAUGGUUCUUGCUUUGAUCAAGCCCUUUAACAUCGUGUAUUAGGAGUUCAAAACAAGAAGACAAAAAAGAUUAAUGUUCUUGCUGUUGUGAAGCCCUUUAAAUAAAUAGGAGUUCUGAAUGUUUAGAGACUUCUUGAAAGUAAAGGCACAAGAAUGUGAAGUAAAAUAAUAAGUGUUGUUUAAUAAUGUGAUUUGUUUGGAUGUUAAAGUAUACUGUGUGUUUACAUGUGAUAACUCUUCAAUGUUGUAUCUUGAAAAAUAUUAACAGUAUGUUCACCUCAUUUCAAGUAGUGAUUUUAUUGAAAACAUUGCUUUAUUUUUUUUAACAUUGCAUUUUGGGAUUUAUGUUUUCAGCAAGCAAUGCUUUCAUUCUUCCUUGGCGAAGAUCAGUUUUUUAUUUUUAUUUUUUAAAAUUUUUAAUCUUAUGUAAUUCAUCAUUAAUUGGUCAUUUGUCGCUGUCCGAUGAUAAACACGGGCUUCCAAAUUUUCAUGCUUGUUUUCAUCCAAUCCAAAGACCAAAUACCCUAUAUUGGCCUGAAUAUAAGACAGUGUUUUUUGCAUUGAAAUAAGACUGAAAAAGUGGGGAUCGACUUAUAUUCAGGGUCGAGACAUUACACCCAUUCACGACUCUAGAUGGCGCCAGAUAUCAUUGAAGCGAUGUUCUGUCAUGUCAGAUCUCAGCUACUCUGAAGUUUAACCAGUUUGCAUUAUUUUAUUGCAAUGUUUUUCCUUAUUCAGAUUUGUUUCAAGACUACAGUUACAGUUAGACUUCACUUUGAUGGUUAAUGCAGUUAUUGCAAUUUUGUUGUUUUAUCACAAUAGAUUGGUUUACUUACAUUUCAAAAACCAGAAGCCAUUCAUUUACGAAUGUAAUUGCACUUUAGUUUACAUAUUUUUGUUCAAAUAUUAAGAUUUGGAUGGGGCAAGAUAACAUGCUUUUUCUCUCAAAUAUAUUGUUAUAAUCAUUUGUUUCAGAUAUACUGUAAUUAUUUUCUGAAUAAAAAAUAAUUUGGUGUUCAAAAAGUCUUUUUUCAAACUUCAGUCUUGAAAAGGAGAGGGUCUUCUUAUAAUCAGGGCCGUCUUAUAUUCGCUCCAAUACGGUAAAUACUGUUCAACACGACCUUUGUGAAGUUAAGCAGAACGGAAGAAUGAAUGAGUGGCAUUUUAGUUAGAGGGCAGAAAAAUGUACAAAAUUUGGAUGUAUGUGUUUUUCAUUGGACAGCAACAACGUUAACCUUCUCGUUUAUUGCUGCUGAUAAAUUCUUAUUAAAAAAAAACCCAUUAUUCAUCCCCCCAAAAUAUAUCAUUGUCGUUAUUUUAAA